AUGUCUCCUAUUAAAAAGAAAGUGGUGAUCGUCGGUGACGGCGAGAGCGGUAAGACGUGUCUCUUACGCGUAUUUUUCGAGGAUAUUUUUCCAGAGGUGUAUGUGCCAACGGUGUUCGACUACUAUUCAACCGUGAUCGAGGUAGACGGGAAAAAGGUAGAGCUCGACCUGUGGGACACUGCCGGCCAAGAGGAUUACGACAGACUGCGACCACUGUCAUACGGGGGCGCGGAUGUAGUGAUCAUAUGUUAUUCGAUCGAUACUCCCAAAUCGUUGAUCAACGUGAUUGACAAAUGGGUUCCAGAAGUGCGGUAUUUUUGCAAGGAAGUGCCGGUGAUAUUGGUAGGCAACAAGAAGGACCUACGCGUUAAUCAUCUACAGGACAUUGAUCUACCGCAGUCGGACUCGGUCGACAGAUGCAACGCAACCGACGAAGUCACCGGCGGACAGACGAUUACUGAAAAUGAUACAGAACUGCCGAAAGGCGACACUGAAGUGUGUGGGUUACCAAUGGACGAGCAUUUCACACUAGAAUUUGACGGGAAACCGCUUACAACGGAAACGGUCGAAGGGCUGUCGGUCCAGGCGACAUUGGAAGUCUGCGAAGACGUGUUAACAGCAGGGCGAGAAAAAUUGGAUGUAUUGGAAAUUGGUGAAAAGACUGUUAUCAGACUAGAACCGGAAAAAUCAGCAGCAACCGCAGAAAAUCAUAAUCCGGACACACCGAGAAAAACUACCAUCAGGAUACCGGAACAUAAUGUCGUGACCACCAAAGAGAUUGGUCAAUCAGUGGCCGAAGACAUAAAAGCUUUCGCAUUUUUAGAAUGUUCGUCGAAAACCAAAGAAGGAGUCCGUGAUGUUUUCGUUGCCACAGUGAAGGCGACAAGACGGACUUCCAAACAUAGUACCCAAUGCAUUUUACUUUAA